AUUCCAAUGAAGGACCACGACGCCAUCAAGCUUUUCAUCGGCCAGAUCCCCCGAAACCUGGAGGAAAAAGACCUGAAACCGCUGUUUGAGGAAUUCGGAAAGAUAUACGAACUCACUGUACUGAAAGACAGGUUCACGGGAAUGCAUAAAGGAUGUGCCUUUCUAACAUACUGUGCCAGAGAGUCAGCACUGAAGGCCCAGAGCGCCCUCCAUGAACAGAAGACUCUGCCAGGGAUGAACCGGCCCAUCCAGGUGAAGCCAGCCGACAGCGAAGGACGAGGAGAAGACAGGAAGCUGUUCGUGGGAAUGCUCGGCAAGCAGCAGAGCGAGGACGAUGUCCGGCGGCUGUUCGAGACCUUCGGCCAGAUCGAGGAGUGCACUGUCCUGCGAGGGCCUGAUGGGGCCAGCAAGGGCUGUGCCUUUGUCAAGUUCUCAAGCCACGCAGAAGCGCAGGCCGCCAUCAACAGCUUGCAUGGUGGACAGACUAUGCCUGGUGCCUCGUCCAGUCUGGUGGUCAAGUUUGCAGACACCGAUAAGGAAAGGACCCUGCGUAGGAUGCACCAGAUGGCAGGCCAGCUCGGCAUCUUCAGUCCCAUGACCAUCCAGUUUGGGGCCUAUGGCGCCUACUCUCAUGCUAUGAUGCAACAGCAAGCAGCCCUGAUGGCAGCUACACAAGGGUCCUACCUGAACCCCAUGGCAGCCAUUGCCGCUGCGCAGAUGCAGCAAAUGGCAGCUUUCAAUGUCAACGGCCUGGUGGCUACUCCCAUGACACCGUCCUCAGGCACCAGCACACCCCCAGGCCUCUCUGCCACAGCCGUGUCCAGCAUAGCCAACCCGAUGGGGGUCAACGGAUUCAGUGCCCUCCCGCCUCAGAGCAACGGUCAUUCCACCUCUGAGACCAUCUACACCAAUGGUAUUCAUCCUUACCCAGGUGAGCAAAUAAAGGUUUUACAUAAAAGGAACAUGAGAUGUUUUCUUUCGAUAUCUUUCUUUACCUCUGUAUCUGUCUCUAACCCUCUUCUCUCUGCCUCUCUUCCCGUCUCUGCAGCACAGAGUCCAACUGUGACCGACCCUCUCCAACAGGCUUAUGCCGGUGUCCAGCACUACGCAGCCUACCCUGCCGCCUAUGCGCCAAUCAGCCAAGCGUUCCCUCAGCAACCAACCAUCAUUCCCCAGCAACAGAGGGAAGGGCCAGAAGGUUGCAACCUGUUCAUUUAUCACCUGCCCCAGGAGUUUGGAGAUGCGGAGCUCAUGCAAAUGUUCCUGCCUUUCGGCAACGUCAUCUCCGCCAAAGUGUUCGUGGACCGAGCGACCAAUCAGAGCAAAUGUUUCGGCUUUGUGAGUUUUGAUAAUCCAUCCAGUGCUCAAGCCGCAAUCCAGGCCAUGAACGGGUUUCAGAUAGGCAUGAAGAGGCUGAAGGUGCAGCUAAAGCGGCCAAAGGAUGCCAACCGACCUUAUUGA